AUGGCGCCAGUAACGCCCAAAUUCCACGUCUCGGCUCUGCCCGUCAAUGUCAAAAUUGUCGAGCGCAACUUCACCGAGCCGAGACCUCGCAAGGGACCAUCCGUCAAGUUGGACGAGUGUCCGCUCUAUGAGAUGGUCCAAUAUUCAUGCAAUCCUCCCUCCGAUAAGAUUCCAGAACCGGGCCGAAUAACCUGCCAGCCUAUUGUGCGAUUGUUUCGACGAUGCGCCAAGGGGUUGAUGGUCGAAACAACCUCGUGGGAGCCCACCAAGACAGCCGCCAGGGUGGCACGGCAUCAGCAGCAAAAGGAUUCAAAGUCCUGA